CACUUGGAUCUUGGACGAAACUCCGAUUGCCCUCCUUUCAUCCUCUCGUCAUUGAUUCAUCGAAUUGACGUGACUCUCGAUCAUUCGAUAUACUUCCCUGGCCUUGAUACGCUAUACACCCGUUCCUGCCUGACUGUGGACACCCUUCAUAUAUACCCACACCACUCAUACCAACGACGUGACCGAUCGAUAUACCUCUCGACACCUGAAAACUCUCUGGCAUCGACAUUCAUCUUGAAAUCAACCGUCCUAUCGGCACGAAUACCAGUCACAGACCAAUCCAUCGUCGUCGUACCAAAAUUCUGCCGUUCAGAGACCAAGGAUGUUGUUCAAAAUUACCGUGUUGGGCGAGGGAGGUGUAGGAAAGACGGCGUUGACUGUACAGUUUACCAUGGCCUCCUUUGUCGAGACAUAUGACCCGACGAUCGAAGACUGCUAUCGAAAACAAUGGACUGUGGACGAUCAGCCCUGUCUGUUAGAGGUAUUAGACACCGCAGGACAAGAGGAGUAUACUGCUUUGCGGGAUCAGUGGAUCCGCGACGGAGAAGGUUUCCUCGUCGUCUACUCGGUCUGCUCGAGGGAUACCUUCGAGCGGGUCGAACAAAUCGUCAAACGGGUUCGACGUGUAAAAGAAGAGGCCGCUACCAUGGGUGGUGCAUACGGCUCGUACCCUUACUCCCCUCAAUCACCCCAAUCCCCACUCGGCGUUCGGGCUCACGGCCCAAUACCCAUCGUCAUCAUCGGAAAUAAGCGGGAUAUGCAACAUCUGCGUGAUGUCCAGCCUGAAGAGGGAGCGAACCUAGCCAGGCGAUUGGGAUGCGAGUUCUACGAGACGAGCGCCAAGCAUGGGUACAAUGUGGAAAAUGCGUUCAAGACGGCCGUUAGGGGGAUCAAGGUCGCCAAAGGGAUUGCCCCUGGACAAGGUGCUGCUGGACCAGGUGGAGGGCCAGGUGGACCGGGUCAGGGGGGUGCGAGAAGGAGGCAGAAGAGGAACAAGAACUGUGUGGUUCUUUGAGGAGUCCAUCGCAGAGCUCCUCCUCGGGCAAGUGCGGGCUAAGCUCGCAUUCGCCGACAAAC